CCAGCCUCUUGGAAACAGCCUAAGUUACAGUACACAACAAAGAGCCCAUAUUUCAUCCGGCGUGUCCACCUGCUUAGAAAUUUGCAACCGCAACACAAGGAGCUGAACGCAUUUUACUGGAGGAGGUGCCACGGUGCGCAAUUACGCACAGGAGUAGAGGAAUCUGACGACCGGUCAGUCUGUUUUUCCUCCUCCCGGGAAUUCGCUCACUAUAGUUUUGACUCCUCUCUAUUUGUCGAAGUGAUAUCUAUGCGCGACGUCAUACGGUGCGGCUACAGCCUCACCUCUCAACUCUGAAGUUAACCGUCCAGUUAUCUAUGUGCUCAGGACAGGAUGGGAUGCUCCACCAGUUCGCAAACUUCAGCGGUAGACACGACUCGACCCGGUGCUAAGCCCGAGGAGAGCAACGGAGCCAGCACUACAGGGGCAGCCAACGAAAAUGGCAAAGUAGGUGAGGACAGCGAAACUCUUCCGGACCAAACGCCCCCUGGGGACGGCGAUGCUAAACCUGCUGCAGGUGAACCUGCUGCAGCUGCCACACCUGCAGACAGUGCUGCUGCAGCUCCGCCAGCGGGGGGAGGAGCCUCAGCCUGCGGCAGACAGUCCACCUGCAGCAGAGGCAGCGCCGCCGGCAGCAGACAGCACUACUGAGACAGCAGCCGCCGGCUCCUCUGAGCCUGCGGCCGCUCCCCCAGAGCAAG